AUGGCUCCUUUGAAGAGAACUGCUGCUGAGGCUAUAGAGAAGGAAGAACAGCGUAACUCCAAGGGAGCUUCCAUACAUAAGAAAGCGUUGAUCGAUGCCAUCACAACUAAUGAAGAAGAGGACCUGCGAGGUAGCAGUGAUGUGGAUGAGGAUGGUUAUAAAAGCAGUGCUGAAAGUGAGAGCACAGAGCACUUAAAUGGGCAUGGACAUAGAAAUGAAAGUGAUGAAGAAGAUGAGGAAAAUCAUGAAGAGAGAAAAACGCAAGCGCAAAGCAAGCUAAGCACUCAAGAUGUACAGAUUGCCAGAGAAACUGCAGAGUUAUUCAAGUCAAAUAUUUUCAAACUUCAAAUAGAUGAGCUUCUGCAACAAAUUAAGUUAAGAGAUGGUCACAUCCUAAAGGUUGAAAAAUUUCUUCACAAACUCUAUGAUAUCAUUCAGCAAGUGCCAGAGUGGGUGGAGAAAGACUUCACUGAGGUAGAGACUUACUUUAAAGAUAAGAUUGUUACUGUACCCUUUGUUGACCCCAAACCCAGUGCAUCGACUCAAUACAAGUUCAAUUAUAAGAAACCCGACGUGUCUUUGGUAGGUUCAUUUGCAUUGAAGGCAGCAGUCUACCAACCUCAAGGAUCUUCUAUCGAUAUUUUACUGACCAUGCCUGAAGAAUUGUUUGAAAAGAAGGACUUUUUGAACUUCCGGUGCAUUCACAAGAGAAGCGUGUACUUGGCCUAUUUCACACAUCAUCUUUCAAUCAUUUUGAACCGUGAGAAAUUGAGCGAAUUUCUGCAAUUGGACUAUGAGCAUUUCAACGGAGAUCCUUUGAAUACGAUGCUAAAAUUGUCUUGCAAACCAACUGGCGGCUCAUCAGAAUACAACUUCGCUAAAACUAAGUUUUCUAUUAAUCUAAUUGUUGGUUAUCCAUAUGGCGCGUUUGAAAAUAAGAAACUUUUGCCAAACAAAAACUGCAUUCGGGUGCAAGAAGACAAAACGACCCCCACACCAUUUUACAACUUUUCUGUUCUAUCCUCCACCACUCAUAACCAUUACUUAAAAUACCUUUACAAAACAAAGAAGCAGACCGAAGCUUUCAAGGAUGCGUGUAUGUUGGGAAGACUAUGGUUACAACAAAGGGGGUUUUCUUCUCAAAUUUCCCACUCCGGUGGCUUAGGCGGUUUUGGACCCUUUGAAUUUGCCACUCUAUUGUGUGCACUAUUGAGUGGAGGUGGUAUCAACGGAAAUAAAAUCCUUUUACAUGGUUUUUCAUCUUAUCAACUGUUCAAAGGUGUGAUAAAGUACUUAGCAACUAUGGAUUUAUGCUCUGAGGGCCACCUGCAAUUCUAUUCGGAUCUCAACCCAUCAGCUACAGUACCCACAUCAAAAUAUGUCGAGGAAGGUUUUGAGACUCCGACAAUUUUUGAUAAAACGACUAAGGUGAACAUACUAACAAAAAUGUCAACCAACUCCUACUUAACAUUGAAGUUGUAUGCACAGGAAACCUUCAGCAUGUUAAAUGAUGUUGUGAGAGACCAAUUUUCAAACAUCUUUUUGACCAACCUAAACAAGAUUCCCAAUGUAAAGUAUGAUAUGUGUCUGGAUCUAGAAUUACCAACCCAUUCCGUAUUAUUAUCCAAAUUCGGACCCUUGGAGAAGAUCAGAUUCAUUUCAUUUGAGAAUUUUUUGGUAAACAAGAUUUCGAAUGUGGUCAAGCUCUCUCUGGGCGAGAGAAUAAAAUCGUUUGAAGUUGAGCUCAUUGGACACAAAAUUAAGUUUCCAAUUACCAAGCGGAAACCUACUAGUGGAGUUAACUUUUCCCUAUUGAGAUUGAAGCUAUUAGUCAAUCCAUCUGAAUGUGAAAAGCUGGUCACAAAGGGACCAGUAAACUCUGAGGAACUAUCUACAGAAGCAAUCGCAUUUAAAAACUUUUGGGGUAAAAAAUCAUCCUUGCGUCGUUUCAAAGAUGGAUCAAUCACUCAUUGUUGCGUGUGGUCCACUUCUUCCUCUGAAUCAGUAAUAAUCUCCAUCUUAAAUUACAUUAUAAAACUUCACUUGGCAGAAGAUGCUAGACUCAACAGUCAGACAUUGAAACAAUUCAACGACCUUUUGCCAUUACCAAACCUACCUUCAAGCUCUACUACUUCUGUUUUGAACUUGGGUAGCUUUUAUAAUGUGAGAAAAUCAUUCGAUGAUCUUUACAAGGUGAUUUUCAAAAUGCAAUUGCCACUAUCAAUAAAAUCAAUUUUACCUGUUGGCGCAGCUUUUAGAUAUACAACCUUGUGCCAACCUGUCCCAUUUGCCUAUUCAAACCCGGACUUUAUGCAAGAUGUCAUUCUUGAAUUCGAAUCUUCACCAAAAUGGCCAGAUGAAAUAACUUCCCUAGAAAAGGCUAAAAGUGCAUUCUUGAUAAAAAUCCAAGAGCUACUGAAUUCGUCUCAUAGUAACUAUAAAACGUUUUUUGCUAGGGAUGAGUCCAUUCCUUACAAUCUAGAAAUUACAACAUUAAAUGUUUUGACUCCUGAUGGCUACGGAUUCAAAUUCAGGGUUUUGACUGAGAGAGAUGAAGUACUUUACCUCAGAGCAAUUAGUAAUGCGAGAAGUGAACUCAGACCAGAGUUAGAGCGGACUUUCUUAAAAUUCACCGCCAAAUAUUUGGCCUCUGUGAGACAUAAUCGUACUUUGGAAAACAUUUCACACAGCUAUCCAUUCUAUUCCCCAGUGGUAAGACUUUUCAAAAAGUGGUUAGAUUGCCACUUGCUCUACGGGCAUUUAUCUGAUGAGUUAAUUGAGUUAUUGGCAAUCAAACCUUUUGUUGAGGCAUCUCCUUUCUUAAUGCCUGGAUCCGUUGAGAAUGGAUUUUUAAAGAUAUUAAAAUUUUUGAGCCAAUGGAAUUGGAAAGAAGACCCUCUUAUUUUAGAUUUGGUAAAACCUGAAGAGUUUGAGGAUAAUUUUGGUUCGGAAGCUGGAGCCGUAAGUGAGUUGGAUAUAACAUCCGUAAAAAAGCUAUCCGAAAAUCUGACACUCCAACAAUACAAAACAAUACAGAGCAACUUUACGGCUUUACGUAAGAGCGAUCCCCAAGGAUUGAACCUCCAGUUUUUUGUUGCAUCUAAAAACGACCCCAGCGGAAUCUUAUAUUCGAGCGAUGUCCCAUUGCCAAUUGCAACGAGGCUAACAGCUUUAGCUAAGGUCGCCAUCAACUUAAUUCAGACUCACGGCUUAAAUAAGCAGACUAUUGAUCUGCUUUUCACUCCAGCAUUAAAGGACUAUGAUUUCGUAGUCCAGCUCAAGAGUCCAACGCCUUUAAGACUUUCUUCGGGUGUGUUGGACUCUCAAGGCUUCAAAAAUCUAUCACAGCAACAGAACAAAUUCCCAUCAGAUUUGUCCGAGUUAAGCGAAAAAAUGGAUCCAACUUAUCAACUCGUGAAGUACCUGAACAUGAAGUAUAAGAAUAGUAUCAUAUUUUCUAAUCAUUGCCACAUGGGAGUUAACGGAGGUGAAAGAGGUGACCUGAACGUUAUAACUGGUCUCAUUAGACCAAUAUUCAAGUCUCCACUUAAAUUUAAAGUUAACAUCGAUGGAAAUGUAAAACCGAUAGACAAGGAAUACGUGGAAUUGAACAAGGAAGCAAUUUUUCACGAGAUAGCUGCGUUUGGUAAUGAACUUGUUACCAAAUUUGACAUUAAUUAG